GUCAGGCACACGCACACCAGUGGCAGGUGGCAGGGCCCCGAUUAUGCAGGAACCUGCGCCUGACAUGGCGAUCGGGGUUGGAAGGAUUUUGACGCCUGACGUCUCAACGACCUCCCGCUCCCCUGUCUCGGGCUCCGUCCUCCUUCUGGGUCAAAUGGGAGGUGGUUCAGGCGGUAUUGUGGUUGCGCCCACACAAGCCCGUGUUUUUCAUGCACUGAGCCUUUUGAGUCAACCUCGUCCCGCCCGACGGCACAACUCCCGCCGACGGGGACAUUUCCGUCCUCGCCCCUCGGUCGGAGACAGAAAUCACCGAAAGGGCCGAAGUCAGCGGUCGCCCAGGGCAGAUGCGAGACCGUGGUUCGGGUGCCGACAUCGCCCAGUACGAAGUGAGAAGACGCCUCCUAACGGCAUGACCCUCUUCUCGCCAUUAUCUGCCAACUUGGCGUGAGGGCUUGGUACAUGGCAAGCCAUGUCGUCGUGGGAGGCGAGAUGUGAUGGGGUUGACGGGCUGUCAUGCAACAUGGCGCGGAACACCACGUUUUGGUGGCGUGGCGGCUCGCUAACCAACAGACUACAGCAAAGGCAAGUCGAGGCUACUUGUCCCUGGGUGACAGAUAGCCGAUACGACGGCUCCUCCAACCUUGGGAAAAGCCACACAUGGGUGUUGCGCCAGUGAGGCCUGCGACAGAGCUCAACGCUCUGUCGCAUGGGGUUCCCGCGUGGACACUGACUGCUCUGUGUGGGAGUGACGGCGACACCAUAUGCUGGCUAGCCCCAAGGCUCGACUUGUUCCACAUUGGGGGUGUGUUGGACAUUGUCUGUCACCCGGGAACCUGGCUGACCACAGGAUACACGGGAUGGGGCAGCAUCAGUCUAGGGACGAGGUACAAAAGGGUAAACGCGGACUUGGCUGGCGCCUCCUUCCCAGGAGAAUGGAUACACAGCAACUACGCCACCAGGCGAGCAAGUGUCGCUUUCCUGGAGCAGGGCAGAAUAUUCGCGACCUUGAGAUGGGACGCAGGGCACUGCAGCCGUGAUGCGACGCCGACACGCAGCUACGCUUGCAAACAGUUUCGCAUCGUGCCCUAGCUAUGGACCUGAACAGUUGAGGCUUGCCAUUUGUCGACGUGGCAUCCAAACUGUGCCUGGUGCGUUGCGGACUUUUCGCGUGGUGCGGACUUUUAGCGUGGAGUAGCAUUUGGUUGGUUAUGCAAUGGACCCGUGGAGUCCAAACUGUGCCUAGUGCGUUGCGGCCUUUUGGCGUGAAGUAGCAUUUGGUUGAUUAUGCGAUGGACCGUGGAAUCCAGGCACCAACUGAAAAAAAAAAUCC